GUAAAUUAGGAGACUUCCAUUUCCAUAUACCCAAAGGCUCUGGUUGCAGGAUAAGAUAGGACCUGCAAGCAAACGGAUAGUGCGAGCAAAGCUUCAACAAUGGCGAUGAGCUUAUCGUGCGCCUCAUCCAUCUUCACCCCCAAAAAACCUUCUACAACACCACUCACCUUCAAUUUCACCUCUCAUCCACCUUCAGUUUCAUCUUCAUUCCUCCGAUUCACUUCUCAAUCGUGCACCAGACCCUUAUCCUCAUCCACAAUUGUCCCUAAACUUUCGCAGACUGAAGCUCCAUCCGUUGAGUCGGAAGCUGAAGCUGUUGAAGUCCAGCAGGAACCUGAAGCUGUUGAAUUUGAGCAGGCAGAACAAACCCUAACCACAACUGAAUCCAAAGGAGAAGAUGUAUUCGCCGUUGUUAUGAUUGGGGGCAGACAGUAUAUAGUAUUUCCAGGGCGGUUUCUGUACACUCAGAGGCUCAAGGGUGCCAAUGUUGACGAUAAAAUUAUUUUGAACAAGGUGUUACUCGUUGGCACAAAAAACAGCACAUAUAUCGGAAAGCCAAUAGUGCCUAAUGCUGCUGUACAUGCAGUAGUGGAGGAACAGGGGCUUGACCCGAAGGUGGUGGUCUUCAAGUACAAGAAGAAGAAGAAUUACAGGAGAAAUAUUGGUCACAGACAGCCAAACACUCGAAUUCGGAUCUUGGGUAUCACAGGCUAUCAAGAUUCCCCAGCAUCUACUCUCCCCUGAUAUGUUGCUUACUUUCUACGAAGUUUCAUUUAGGAACUUGUGCUGUUCUUUUGCGGUUUGUUUUACAUCUUUGUAAUUGAGAAAUACUUCAAUUGUUAUUAGUCUAGCUGCAUAUUUUCCCUCUAAACUAAGAUUUCCAGCAUGAUCACGGUGUGUUUUAACGUUUUAUACGCACCAUAAUCUACAACUAUUACAGUCAACUGUCUUGU